AUGCCCGCCAACCCAUCCCAAACUCCAGGGAGGGGUCAAGCUGGCUCUGUACAAUCCCGCUCAUCCAACCCGUCUAGGAACGAUGACUCGGGCUCUGGAGCGGAAACCCCUGCCCGCAGACGUCUUGUAAAGGCCGCUUCAACCAAUUUCCAUACGAAUUCUACGACCAAUUUUGAUUCUCAACCCUCGAGAGGGGUAGCAGGACCCCGUGUUGGGGGGACGACUCGGAGGCAAUUGUCUGUUCGAGGCAAUGUUCCUCAGGGGCCGCGACCACAGGACGCUUCGCGUUGGAGCAAACCGUCCGGUGGCUACUUCCACUCCGAAACCUCAUCGGUCGACUCCACCAACGAGUCUAAGGGUUAUAAUCUCCGAUCUACGAGUGUGGGAAAUUUGGCAAAGCAAGACACCACUCAGAUUCCCCCGGACAACAUGGAUUUUUUGGCGCCAAUAAAUUUCGACGACUUCCACAACAGCAUAAUGGCGGAGCCAAGCUUGAAUCAUUUCCCCAUGCCUGGUAAUGGAGGCGUAGGGUCUGAGAAUAGGGACUCAGGCCAUUCAACCAACAGCUCCUGGACGAAUCACAGCUAUGAGAGCAAUAUCUCGGAUCGCACAAGAAACGCGUCCACCCGCCGGAAGAGUGAAGUAUCACGCUUCCAUGGUCAAAAUGUUCCAACCCCUGGGAUGCUCACGACCUCCAGCAACACGCGAUCGCGACGUCAAAGUCUCGCUCAGCCGGCCGCUAAUGGUGGUAAUAGUCCCACUGUCGGGGCGCGCGCAUCUCGCAAGUCAAUCAGCUCCGGCGCAUUCGCACCCACGAGUGCUUCAGCGAGACGCGCCAGCUUGAGUGCUCGCAAGGUCAGCACCGACCCAUCGCGAGACCCGAACAAUCUCCUUCGGCCGCGGGGUACACAGCCAGACUCGGGACGGGAUGAGCCUAAAGUGCCCUCCUCCGUUCGAAGCCUCAAGGCAAAGUCUUUCCAGCCAACUGCGCGAGAGCCACGCGGGGCUUAUUUGACCGCGACUGGAACCUCGGACCACAGCCGAUCGUCCUCGACUAAUGCUGUUCGCACACCGGUCAAGAAUACGACCGGGAAUCCUGCUGCUACAACGCCCACUUCUUCGUGUUCAUCUUCCAAGCGUAUGUCUGUCAUGCCGCACGCAACUGGUUUAGGCGCCCGUACCAUUAGUCCCACGGAUGCACGCCGCAUGAAGCGGAUGUCCAUCGCACCUCCUGCACCUCCCAUGCCACAUACCCCCCCCCACACAAACAGAGCCCCUUCCUAUCCAAACCGCAAGUCCUACAGCUCUGGGUUAUCGCUGUCCUCAAAUACCAGCUACAACUCCAUCCGGAACUCCAGCAGCUCGCUUCAGCCACGUCUUUCCCAGAAUUUCUCAUCCUCGCGAUUACCCACGCCCAAGCCGCGCACGGAACAAUCAUCGUCGAAUGCGGAGGAAGAAGUGCCUCCGGUCCCCGCAAUCCCCAAGGCCUAUGAAUCCCCCAAGGGUGAAUUGGACGCGCCGGUCUUUCCGGCCCCAAGGAAGUCCAGCUUACCAGUGGAUAUCAGCCUAUUGAAUAUUACACAGGAUUCGGACAAAGAACCCCAGAGCCGACACGGUGCUAUCGCCGAUGACAACAAUAAUGAAUAUACGACUGAACGGGCGGCGAAAACGCCGGAGUCGCGAACACGGACGUCCACGGUUUUGGGUCGCAAGGGCUUGCAACCAUUGAAGCUGCCUCCUUUGAACCUUCUACCGUUGGGCACCCCAAUGACGACCAAGAUCGAAGCUUUAAGAGACCGGGAAGCAGAAGAGCGGAAAUCUUACACUCCUUCCAACCAGGUCACUUCGAAGACACCAAGCACGCCAAUGACUGCAUCAAAGGCAUCCAACUUCUGGUCUUUCCGCGACGAUGAAGAUAAAGCACCUGCUACUCAGGUACGGAGCAGUACGUCCCACUUCGCGAUCAGCUCUAGCGCAACGGCGGCGUCGUUACGGGCGGCCAGCAGUACUAGCGCGUUUGAGUCUCUCGAUACGCCCAAUAGCAACCGGAAUAUAUCGCCAUAUGCAUCCUACACACUGCCCAAGAGCAGCAGCGAGUUCAAUGCUCUCCGUCACCAGUCUACCGGCGACUAUUCCGAUAACCGAGCAUCUCAUUCGUAUAAAUUGACUGGUCCACGCCCGCAGACGCAGAGUGCCACUUUUACCCCUGCUGCGGAAAGAUUGAGUCAGAUUUCGACCCCAUCUGAACCAGAAAUCACUACUGCGGUGUCAGGCCCCUCGCUUCGGGAUCGCUUGAAUGUUGCACGAGUUCGCAGCAACUCCAAGAUAACUCCCUCGUCUGACAUGGAUACGGAUCCAGCCAAAUACGACCAUAUGCCACCACCCAAACUCCCGGCAUCCGCAACUUGGAACAAUUUGUCUUCCGUGCCUUCGACAAGUCCUAGUGUCAAGACAUCUUACCUCAAGCCCCGCCGUCAAUCUUCUGUGUCUAGUAUAACAAAGCAAUCGGCUUCCCCUCGCAAGCCCAGUGUCAGCAGUGAACAAGGCGUGAAUCUGGAGCCAACUCGUUCCAAUGAUUCUUCUGGGAGUCUUGAACCCUUAAAUGCCCGACCCAACAGCACGUAUGUGUCUCCGGUCCAUAAAAUCAUCAACUCUGCUCGUUCUAGCGCCGCAGCUUCUUCUCGGCCGACCGAUGCCAGCGUUGAUGCUGACAUAGUUGUGGCGGAUGAGGAGAUGCGCAGGCUUGGAGCCAAACGAAAAGACUUUGAGAGCGCCGCCAAGGCAUUGGAUGAACUGCGUCGCAAAGCGGGACCAAAGGAUCGAGUCAGUCCCGCCGCGGCUCUCAAGAUGGCCAAUUUGAACAUAUUUGAGCGCGGUGAAAUUAUUGAUUACCGAGACAUUUUCUUCUGCGGCACUCAAAAUGCGAAGAAGCAUGUCGGGGAUCUCCACUCAGGUGCUGCAAAUUUCGGAUACGAUGACGAUAGGGGCGACUAUAACAUCGUGAUGGGCGAUCACCUUGCAUACCGUUACGAGGUUGUGGAUGUCCUUGGUAAGGGAAGUUUCGGACAAGUGGUAAGAUGUGUCGACCAUAAGACUGGUGCUUUGGUCGCAAUCAAGAUCAUUCGCAAUAAGAAACGUUUCCAUCAACAGGCUUUAAUUGAAGUCAACCUUCUUCGGAAGUUGAAGGACUGGGAUCCCGAUCGCCGCCACAGCGUUGUCAACUUUGUCGAGAAUUUCUAUUUCCGUGGUCAUCUCUGCAUAUCAACGGAACUUCUCGGAAUCAAUCUUUACGAGUUCAUCAAGGCGCACGACUUCCGAGGUUUCAAUAUCAAGCUCAUUCGGCGGUUCACAAAGCAAAUGCUCAGCAGUCUUACCCUCUUGCAUGCAAAGAAGGUCAUCCACUGCGAUUUGAAACCCGAGAACAUUCUUCUCGUUCACCCGUUGAAUUCUGAAAUUCGGGUUAUCGAUUUUGGCUCUAGUUGUUUCGAAAAUGAAAAGGUCUACACUUAUAUCCAGAGUCGUUUCUACCGUUCACCCGAGGUCAUCUUGGGCAUGUCAUACGGUAUGCCCAUCGACAUGUGGAGUGUUGGAUGUAUCCUGGCUGAGUUGUUCACCGGUUAUCCUAUCUUCCCGGGUGAAAACGAACAAGAGCAACUGGCCUGUAUCAUGGAAGUCUUUGGUCCUCCAGAGAAACACUUGAUUGAAAAGAGCACGCGCAAGAAGUUGUUCUUUGAUUCCAUGGGCAAGCCACGUCUGACCGUUUCGUCGAAGGGCCGGCGCCGUCGCCCCAGCUCCAAAGAGCUUCGUCAAGUUCUCAAGUGCGAUGAUGAAGCUUUCCUGGAUUUCAUCACUCUCUGUCUGCGCUGGGACCCGAGCCGGCGCAUGACCCCUCACGAGGCGCUGAAACACGAAUUCCUUACCGGUAUCAAGCCGACAGCUCGGCCCAGGAUGUAUGCUCAGACUACCGCAAACUCCCCAUCUAAGCGUGGCGCCUCAAGUGGGCGCCCACUGCCUGAGCCCCCCAGCUCAACCUUGAAGACUGGCGGAUUCUUGCGCAGCCGUGAUGCAUCUGGUAAUUCUCCGGUCAAGGGCUCCGGGAAGCGCCAUUCAACAAUCAAUGGUCCACCGCCAUCCAGCCCCGCCAAGCGAACGGUCAAGGAUUCCACCACGCUGCCUCGUGCUUCCGCACGAAGCAUCAGUGGGAAGCCCGACCUUGCUACCGCGGCGGCAGCGACCAGCUUGCCGACAGAGGACCAAAUAAACCCUCUUCUCCCCUACGCCCUGUAA